ACUUCACUCCAAAAGUGGGGUGUACGUACUUUUAGCUAGACAAUUUGCAGAAUCAUGCAUGAAUUCUCUUGUUUGUUACAAGGGCACACCAAUUUUGUCUAAAAUAAAUUGAUUUCAAAUAUUUUGCAUUAGAGAGGACAAUUGUUUGUUGACUAGCUACAUUAUCCCUCUUCAUAGAAUAUGUUAAAAUGAUAUUUGCCCUUUAGGAACUUUUUUGAUUCUUCGUUUUAAAUUUUUUGCUCAAAAGAAUACUCUUUUGUUUCUCAAGUUGAAUGUCACUUUUAUAUAACAAAUUAUGUUUCACUAGCUUUAUAAGCCCAAAAAAGUUCUUUGUAAUCGUACAGCAAAGUAUGCAUUAGUUUUUCUUUUAUGUAGAGUGUUGUGGUAUUUCAAUCCUUAACUGAACCUAAGACUAUGAGCUUUAUUGUCUAAUCAUGUUAUGUUAACACUAUGUAUUUAAUAGUACUAUAAUAGGGAGGUUAGCAUACAAAGAAUAAAUAAUUUACAAAUGAUAAGUUGGAUAUAUUUUCUUCCGUAUAAGUGUGUGAUUGCUUGUAUCAGUUAGAAAUGAGAUUACAGCUUUUAUGACCCAAUUAUCUAUGCAUGGCCGGUGUAAAUAAUUUUUUGAUACUAUCAAUUGAAUAUUAACUUGUGAUGGUAAGUUAGAUAAACAUUUUUAUCAAAGUACCAAUUAAUGUCCACCAAAGGAUGUGAUGCAUCGGAUGAGGCUGCUCCUCCCUGAACCUGAGAUCUUGGGUUUGAGCGACGGGUAUGGAAAAAUCCUUGGUAGGGAGAGCUUCCCUGAAGAAGCCAUACGCGGAGAGAAUCCGAAUUAGUCGGGCUCCAAUGCGGAUAUCGGACACUGGAUGGAAAAUAGGAAAAAAAAAUAGAGAGAUUGUGUAAUCUUCUAUAUUGUCAAUACAUAGAAAUUAUAUUCUUUCUUUGUAGAACUCUUCAACUAUUUUUUUUUGAUAACUGAGGUAUCUAGGUCAAUUUGCACGCACCUCAAUUAAUUUCAUGAAAUACUUGUCACCUCUCACCAUCUACCCUUCGACUCAUUUCUUAUCAGCGCAGGUUUUUGUAGUUUACGUAGCUCAAUGAUUAUACAUUUGAUUAAAGAAACAUAAUUAAGACCUAAAAUAAAAUUAGAAAACCCACUUGCAAGCAUAAUCCACUGUAAUCAGCAGAAAUCUAGGGCUAAAUCAGUGUCUAACCACUACACUUUGUAUUCUCAUGCAAAAAAGUCGAACAAAAAUUGAUUGGAUGAGUCAAGCUUGUUUUGUUCCUACAUAUACCCCUAAGAAAAAUAAAGAUAGUAAAAUGUAUUUACGUGCAAUUAUAGUCAAACUGACCAACUCCAGUUGUCCUUAACCUUCCAAAAUAGUGAGUUAUUAACUUUCUUAGGUAUAUACAAUUUUACAGCUCACUGCCUUCACUAAACUAAUAUUAAGAUAAGUGAUAUCAAUGGGUUUUCCUUGUCCCUAUAUAAAUUGACAUCGUCGUUGAAGCUACUCAAGUUCAGUAAGAGAAAUUUUGUGUUGAGAGAUUAAGGAAUAGAGUAAAAUAAGUGUAAGAAUGUUGAUGAGUGCACUGAUAUUGUUGGUUCUACGUGCGUGCAUGAUGUUAGAAGCACAACUUCAAGUGGGAUUUUAUGAGAAUUCAUGUAGUAUGGCUGAGCUCAUAGUGAAACAAGAGGUCACAAAUGCCUUCUUUAAAGAUAGGGGAGUGGCUGCUGGCCUUGUUCGCAUGCAUUUCCAUGAUUGCUUCGUUAGAGGUUGUGAUGGAUCGGUGUUGAUCGACUCGACUCAAUCAAACGAAGCAGAGAAGGACUCACCAGCAAAUAAACCGAGCCUUCGAGGUUUCGAAGUCAUUGACAGUGCGAAGACCAGGUUGGAAUCUGUUUGUCAAGGAAUUGUUUCGUGUGCUGAUAUACUCGCUUUUGCAGCUAGGGAUAGCGUAGAGAUAACUAGAGGACUUGGCUAUGAUGUUCCAGCUGGUAGAAGAGAUGGCACAAUCUCAUUAAUUACUGACACAAGAAAUUUGCCCACUUUUACAUCUAACGUUGACCAGCUCAUCCAAAACUUCAAAAAUAUGGGACUCACCCAAGAAGAAAUGGUUACUCUCUCUGGAGCACACACCAUUGGUCGAUCUCAUUGCGGGUCCUUCAGAGACAGAUUAUACAACUUCAGCUCAACGACAAGCCAGGAUCCCAGUCUGGAUCCAGCCUACGCAGCCCAGUUGAAGAAGCAAUGUCCACAAGGCAGCACGGAUGCAAGUUUGGUGGUUCCAAUGAACCCUGCAAGCCCAACUGUCACUGAUGUAGGUUACUACACUGAUAUUCUGGCUAACAGGGGCUUGUUUACAUCCGAUCAAACUCUUCUCACAAAUCCAUCAACAGCUAUCCAAGUAACACAAAAUGCUAGGAAUCCAUUCCUCUGGAAAAGUAAAUUUGCUAGUGCGAUGGUGAAGAUUGGCCAAAUAGGUCUCUUGACAGGCACAGCUGGCGAGAUCCGAGCUAACUGUAGAGUCAUUAAUAGCUAAACAAAUGUUAUAUAUCACUGUAUUCUAAUCGGGGACUGUUCCUUUCAAGCUGGAACUUUCACACCGCUCUAUCUUCUUAAUGGGAAAUAGAUUAUGUAUUGCUUCACUACCCUAUUAUGACAUUGUCGCAAUUCCAGAUAAUUUGAUCUUUAGCAA